GUCGCGAAGCGUCAACGUUUUCUACCAAGCAAAGAAACGUGUUGGUUUGAGUUAAGAAAAACUUAACUGCACGUUUUCGGGGUAAAAAACGAGUGAGCGUUCCCAGAAAGCAAACAUUUAAAAUUUGCCACGGGGCUCCUCCCCCUCGUGGAGCUGUCAAGGAUGAUGACGUCACAUCCCCUUGACCCUCCAAUCACCUCGGGCUGCCAUUUGAUUGGAAGGCGGCAAAGGCUUUCAUCUCGGGACUAAUUCAGCUGCCUUUCUUCCCUCCUCUCUCCUUCCCCGAGUGAAAACGUCUCCCAGUCUCCAGUGCGAGACUACACGCAGGAAGGACGCGGACACGGACGCUCACAGCGGAAACCUCUUCUCGCUUCUUCUUCCGCAUCCCUCACCAACAGGAUUAUUAUUAUUACUAUUGCUUUGAUCGUUUUUAGCCUUUUUUGGUGGUUUCCUUAAUGCAUCUGAGCGAAGCAGCAUCGGUGUCCACUUGGCUGACCAUUGGGACAUGAGCACGUCGCCUUCGGCGUCUGUCUUGACGAAUCUCGGUGAGUUGAGCGCAGCCUGGGAGCGAGCCAGUCGUCGGGGAAGCAACGGUAGCGACGAGCCGGCCUCUUCUCUCUUCGUCCGCCAGCAGCAGCAGGAGCAACAGCAGCAGCCGAAGCAGAAGCAGCAGCACUCGGCGCCGCCGUCAGACCCGCAACGGCAAGCCAAGCGACUCCCGGUGAAGGUUUUGAAAAUGCUCACCGCACGCUCGGGACACAUUUUGCAUCCGGAGUAUCUGCAGCCUUUGCCCUCCACCCCCGUCAGCCCCAUCGAGCUCGAUGCCAAGAAAAGUCCCCUGGCUCUCCUGGCGCAGACGUGCUCCCAGAUCGGCAAGCCGGACCCGCCGCCCUCCUCUAAACUCUCCUCGGUCGCCUCCAAUGGAUCUAGCGACAAGGAUUCUAAAUGUGGCCCGUUGAAAAUGAGUGACAUCGGAGCGGACGACAAAUCCAGCUUCAAGCCCUACUCCAAGCCGUCGGACAAGAAGGACUCGUCGGGCGGCGGAGGUACGGACAAGUCUGGUUUCCGAGUGCCGAGCGCCACCUGCCAGCCGUUCACGCCGCGCACAGGCAGCCCCAACUCGAGCUCAUCUGCCUCUCCCAUGCCGGCGGAGGGCAAGUGCGGGGAGCGGGACGAUAAGAAGGAAUCGGACUGCGGGAAAGGCGGCGCGGACGGCGGCUCGGCCACGUCCAGCCACAGCCGGAUAAGCGUGAGUUGCGGUGGGAUUAACGUGGAGGUCAACCAGCAUCAGGAGACCACGCACGGCCCAAAAACCUCCACUUCCUCCUCUGCAUCAGAGUCCUCCCCGGUAACUUCCGUGUCAUCGGCGUCGGUGCUCGGCUCUGGGCUCGUAGCGCCCGUAUCCCCGUACAAACCGGGCCAGACCGUCUUCCCGCUGCCCCCGGCGGGCAUGACUUACCCUGGCGGUUUAGCGGGGGCCUAUGCCGGCUACCCGCAGCACUUCAUGCCGCACGGGGGCAGCCUGGUGAACGCGCAGCUGGCCAGCUCGCUCGGCUGCAGCAAGGCAGGCUCUAGCCCGCUGGCCGGAGCCUCCCCGCCCUCCAUCAUGUCUGCUAGCCUGUGUAGAGACCCUUACUGCUUGAGCUACCACUGCGCCAGCCACUUGGCGGGUGCGGCGGGGGCUUCGUGUACACAUGACUCGGCGGCGGCUGCGGCGGCCGCCCUCAAGUCCAGCUACCCGCUCAUGUACCCCACGCACCCCAUCCACGGAGUGCACUCGUCGACCCCUUCGUUCAGCGGACAUCCCUUAUACCCGUACGGCUUUAUGCUCCCCAACGACCCACUGCCCCACGUGUGUAAUUGGGUGUCGGCCAACGGACCGUGCGACAAGCGUUUCUCCACCUCAGAGGAACUCCUGAAUCACCUGAGGACACACACCGCUUUCACGGGGGCGGAGAAGCUCAUCUCCGGCUACCCGGGCUCGUCCUCGCUGGCCAGCGCGGCUGCUGCGGCCAUGGCCUGUCACAUGCACAUGCCGCCGUCGGGGGCUCCUGGCAGCCCCGGGACUUUGGCUCUGAGGAGCCCACAUCACGCACUGGGACUCAGCAGCCGGUACCACCCGUACUCUAAAAGCCCGCUGCCCACCCCCGGAGCUCCCGUGCCAGUCCCCGCUGCCACCGGGCCUUACUACUCUCCUUACGCGCUGUACGGCCAGAGACUCACCACAGCAUCGGCGCUUGGAUAUCAGUGAGGAGUGGAAACAUACUCACAUAAAGACGUUGCAAAGUUUAUAAUACAAAGAAUGCAAAUAUAAAGACUUUUAUAUUGACAUAUGGGCGGGAUCCGUGGACUUUAAACUGUAUUUAUUUAUAUGUCUGCUUAAAAAAAGACUAGCAGGCUGCAAAAUGGAACAUAUUGGAGCAAGUCAAAAAGUGCAUUAUGUGGAAACAGAGCUAAAGUGGAUGAGCGGAGCACACAGAACUAAUUCAAAGUAGGCUUCCUCAUUUCGAUGUUCAUUUCAAAAUUGCUAUGAUUGUAUUUGUUCUUAUUUAAAAGAAAAAAUGUCUCACUGAGAAAGGAAAAAAUAAUUUACAUGCAUGUUUUUUUUGUUUUGUUUUUGUUUCUUAAGAUUCAGAAUUGUCAACAUUGGAAAUUGCCGUUAUUUUUAAGGUGUAUACCAUGGGAAGAGAAUUGGUAUUUUUUUGUAUGUAUUCUGGGGAAAAAAUAAGAAACAAUUCUGUUCCAUAUCACCGUGUCCCUCAUUGAUUCUAUAAUGGCCAGAUUUUUUUUUUUUUUUUUUUUUUUUUUAAAUUACGUUAAUUCCACAGAUUUCCGUCGAAUUUAAAAGUGUUUGUUGCACUUUUAUAUAGGUAUAAUUAAAAAAAAAUACAGUUCAUUUAACUGAAAGUAAAUAAUUGGGAUACAAAAUUAGUGUUUACAAGUGUGUGUAGGUGUGUGUGCAUGUGUGUGUGCAACUCAACGUUAAAUAAAAUGACGGGUAGAUUUUAUGGUUGAAAAAAUGGACAUAAUAUUUUGUAAGAGUCAUCGAGAAAGUUUAAUACGUCUAUAUAUUGAAAUAUUUUUCUAACAACCAUGUAAAAUUUAGGAACUUAAAGGAACCACAUUUAAAAUUAAUACUUGUAGAGGAAUUAAACAGUUAUUGAUUGAUGAUCUUGCCUGCGUUUAUAUAACUAA